ACAUUGUAGAUAAAAAUGUCUGUUGGAUCCGAAGAGAGACCAACAUUUUUUGAAAUUUUUAAGACACGAUGCAACAAAGCAGAUUUAGGACCAAUAAGCCUUAAUUGGUUUGAAGAACUCUCUUCAGAAGCUCCACCCUAUAAUUCUGAACCUGCAGAAGAAUCUGAAUAUAAAAUCAGCAGUUAUGAACCAAACCCAUUUAAAACACCACAAAGGAAACCCUCUUAUCAAUUGGCUUCAACUCCAGUAAUAUUCAAAGAACAAGGUAUAACUCUGCCACGGUACCAAUCUCCUUUAAAAGAAUUAGGUACAUAUAGAUUAAACGUAGGAAAGGAAAUUGCCAAUAGUGAACUUAGAAGUCAUCACACAAUGAACGCUAAGGUGGAUCAAGCAAAUGGUGUUACCAGUCCACCUCUAAAUUCUUGUCUUAGUGAAAGUCCUGCUGUUCUACAAUGUACACAUGUAACACCACAAAGAGAGAAGUCAGUGGUAUGUGGAAGUUUAUUUCAUACACCAAAGCUUGUGAAGGAUCAGACACCAAAACAUAUUUCUGAAAGUCUAGGAGCUGAGGUGGAUCCCAAUAUGUCUUGGUCAAGUUCUUUAGCCACACCACCAACCCUUAGUUCUACUGUGCUCAUAGUCAGAGAUGAGGAAUCAUCCGAAAAUAUAUUUUCUAAUGACAGUACUGCUAUUUUGAAAAGCUGUUUUUCUAAUCAUGACGAAAGUCUGAAGAAAAAGGAUAGUGUGACAAACAGUGAAAACAAAAAUCGAAGAGAAGCUAGAAGACAUGGACUGGAGAAAAUAUUGGGAAAUUCAUUUGGUAAAGUGAAUGGUUGCAAAGACCACUUUGGAAGGUCAAUGCCAGAUGUCCUAGAAGAUGAAGUACAUGAAACAGUUGCAGAUAUUUCUGAAGAAGAUAGUUUUUCUAAGUAUAGAAUAGGAAAUCUACAAAAAAUAAGAACUGGGAGGACUAGGAAAAGAAUUUUCCAUGAAACAAAAACUGAUGACUAUGAAGAAGCUAAAAAGCAAAUGAAAGGAAAUAAACAUUCAUUUUUAUCUGAAAUGGAACCAAAAGACAGUGAUCCAUUAGAUUCAAAUGUAACAAAUCAGAAGCCUUUUGGGAAUGGAAGUGACAAAAUGUCCAAGGAGAUUGUGCUACCUUCAGUCUCUGAAUGGUCUCAGCUAACCCUCUCAGGUCUAAAUGGAACUCAGAUGGAGAAAACACCCCUACUGCAUAUUUCUUCUUGUGAUCAAAAUAAUUCAGAAAAAAACAUAAUAGACAUAGGUAAAGAAUAUACCAACUUUAUUACCUCAGAAGAUUCUUUGCAACAUAUUUCUAGUCUACCAAAAUCAGAGAAGAUAUUACAUGAGGAAACAAUGAUUCAUAAAAGAAAUGAAGGGCAGUGUCUUCAGUCUCAUGAGGACUCUGUUCUUGGGGUAAAGCAGGCAAUAUCUAGAACUUCUCCAAUAGCUUCUCCAUUUCAGGGUAUCAAAAAGUCUAUAUUCAGGAUAAGAGAAUCACCUGAAGAGACUUUCAGUGCAGUUUUCUCAGGUAAUGUGACUGAUCCAAACUUUAAAGAAGAAAUUGAAGCCUCUGAAAGUGGAUUGGAAAUACGUGCUGUUUGCGCACAGAAAAAGGAUCCUUUAUGUCAGAGUUCAACUGAUAAUGGAAGUUGGCCAGCCACUGUCACACAUACUUCUGUCACUUUGAAGAAUACAGGUUUAAUAUCCACUUUGAAAAAAAAAACAAAAAAGUUUAUUUAUGCUAUAAAUUAUGAAUCAUCUUUUCUAGGAAAAAAAAUACAGAAAGACCAAGAAUCAGAACUAACUAAUCCUUCAGCCCAGUUUGAAGCAAAUGCUUUUGACACACCCCCUACAUUUACAAAUACGGAUUCAGGUUUAUUACGUUCUUCUGUUAAAAGAAAUUGCUUAGAGAAUGCUUCUGAGGAGCCAACUUUGUCCUUAACCAGCUCUUUUGGGACAAUUCUGGAGAAAUGUUCCAAUAAUAAAAGCAGUUUUUCUAAUAAUACAGUAACAUCUCAGGAUCUUGAUUGUAAAGAAACAAAAAUUAAUAAGGAAAAACUGAAGUCACUUAUAACCCCAGAAACUGAUGUUCCUUCAUGUCUGCAGAAAAGACAGUAUGAAUGUGAUCCAAAAAGCCACAGAACUUCAGAUAUAAAGGAAAAGGUCUUGGCUGCAGAAUGUCACCCUGCAGUACAACAUUCAGAAGUGGAAUGUAGUGGUAUUCACUUUCAAUCCCAGAAAAGCUUUUUAUAUGACCACGAUAAUAAACCCCUCCUUAUUUUAACUCCUAGUUCCAAGGAUCCUUCAUCAAACUCAGCUGUGGUUUCUAAAGGAAAAGAUUCAUACACAUUGUCAGAGAAACUAAAAUAUAAAAAUUGUGAAGCUAGUUUUGAAUUAAUCAAAAAUAUUCACACGGAAAAUAAUCAAGAAAUAUGUGUUUUAAGUGAAAAUUCUAAAAAAGCUGAGCCGUUGCCACCCAAAAAACAUAUAACAGUAGCAUCACCUUCAAGGAAUGUACAAUUUAACCAAAAUACAAAUCUAACAGUAAUCCAAAAAGACCAAGAAGAGACUACUUUAAUGUCAAAAAUAACUGUCAGUCCAAACUCUGAAGAACUUUUUCCAGACAAUGAAAAUAAUUUUGUCUUUCAAAGAAGUAAUGAAAGGAAUAAUCCUGUUUUAGGAAAUACUAAGGAACUUCAUGAAGCAGAACUCAGUUGUGUAAAAGAACCCAAUCUCAAGAACUCUGCUAUGGUAUAUACAGAUGUAGGUGACAAACAAGCAGCCCAAGUGUUUAUUACAAAAGAUUCUGACUCAUCAAAUAUAGUCCGUGAUUUUUUAGAGGAGAAUAGAAAUAGUGUAAAGGAACAUCUAAAAAUGACUCUAAGUCAAGAUUUAAAAUCAGACAUGUCCUUGGAUAUAGAUAUGAAAACAAGCAGAAAUAAUGAUUACAUGGCCAAACGGGCAGGACUCUUAGAUCCAAUUUCAAGUCACAGUUUUGGAGGUAGCUUCAGAACAGCUUCUAAUAAAGAAAUAAAACUCUCUGAACAUAAUAUGAAGAAAAGCAAAAUGCUCUUCAAAGAUAUUGAAGAACAGUAUCCUACUAGUUUAACUUGUAUUGAAACUGUAAAUACCCUAUCGAUAGAUAAUCAAAAGAAACUAAGCAAACCUUACUCAUUUGAUUCACAGUCAGUUAGCACUGUAUCUCUGUGUGUCCAGAAUGGUGCAUUUGUUUCUGAUGGUGAUAAUACUCACACAACUCCUCAGAUAUUAUCUUUAAAGGGAGAUUUUAAUUCAAACCAUAAUUUAACACCUAGCCAAAAGGCAGAAAUUACAGAACUUUCUACUAUACUGGAAGAAUCAGGAAGUCAGUUUGAAUUUACACAGUUCAGAAAACCAAGGCACAUGAUACAAAAUGAUACUUUUAAAGCACUUGGAAACCAGACGACUGUCUUAAAUACCACUUCUGGGGACUGGAAAGAUGAGCUUCAUCUCACAGUGAAUGCCCCAUCUGCCAGUAAGGUAGAUAGGAAGAAAUGUGAAGGUGCAUUUCGAGUUGAACGAAAGUUUGCUUGCUUGUUGAAAAACAACUCUAACAAAAGUGCUCCUAGUUAUUUAACAGAUGAAAAUGAAGUGGAGUUUAGAGGCUUUUAUUCUGCUCGUGGCACAAAACUGAAUGUUUCUGGUGAAGCUCUGGAAAAGGCUGUGAAACUGUUCAGUGACAUUGAAAAUAUUAGUGAAGAAACUUUGGCAGAAGUAGAUCCAAGAAGCUUCUCUUCAAGUAAAUGUCAUGAUUCUGUUGUUUCCAUGUUUAGAAUAGAAAAUCGUAGCAAUGAUAAAAAUUUAAAUGAAAAAAAUAGUAAAUGCCAACUAAUUUUGGAGAAUAAUACUGAAAUGACGACUGGCAUUUUUGUUGAAGAAAAUACUGAACAUUACAAGAGAAAUACAGAAAGUGAAGAUAACAAAUGUACUGGUGCCAGUAGAAACACUUGUGACUUAGAAGAAUCUGAUGGCAAUGAUUCAAGUAAAAAUGAUACAGUUUCUGCUCAUAAAGAUGAAAAUGACUUGCCGUGUACAGAUGAGCACAGCGUGUAUCUUAAAUUAUCUGGCCAGUUUAUGAAGGAGGGAAACACUCAAGUUAAAGAAAGUUUGUCAGACUUAACUUGUUUGGAAGUUAUGAAAGCUGAGGAAACAUGUCAUGUUAAUACUUCAAAUAAAGAACAGUUAACUGCUAGUAAGAUGGAGCAAAACAUAAAAGAUUUUGAGAUUUUUGGUAUGUCUUUUCAGACUGCAGGUGGGAAAAAUAUCAGAGUCUCCAAAGAGUCAUUAAAUAAAGUUGUAAAUGUCUUUGAUCAAAAAACGGAAGAAUUGAAUAACUUUUCUUUGAAUUCUAAAUUACUUGGUGACAUAAAAAAGAACAAAAUGGACAUUUCAAGUCAUGAGGAAACAGACAUAGUUAAGAACAAAAUAUUGAAAGAAAGUAUCCCAAGCGAGAGUACUCUCCAGCAACAACCAGAAUGUGAAAUUGAAAAGAUCAACGAACCUGCCCUGAUGUGUUUUCAUACAGCUAGUGGGAAAAAAGUAAAAAUUGCAAAGGAAUCUUUGGACAAAGUGAAAUAUCUUUUUGAUGAAAAACAAGAUACUAAUAAAAUCACCAGUUUUAAUCAUCAAGGGGCAGAGACCCUAAAGGACAGAGAGAGCUGUAAAGAAGGGCUUGAGUUAGCAUGUGAGACUGUUAAGAUAGCAGCUGUCUCAAAGUGUGAAGAAGUGCAGGAUUCUCUAGAUGACAAUGAGAAAAGCCUUAUUUCUAAUGAGACUGUGGAACUACCCAGGCUCUUAAGUGAUAAUUUAAAUAGACAAACCCAAAAUUUCAAAACAUCAGAUAGUAUCUCUUUUAAAGUUAAAGUACAUGAAAAUGUCAAAAAAGAAACAGCUAGAAGUCCUACAAUUUGUUACACAGAUCAAUCUCCUUAUUCAGCCAUUGAAAAUUCAGCUUUAGCAUUUUACACAGGACAUGGUAGAAAAAUUUCUGUGAGUAAGGCUUCAUUGUUAGAAGCAAAAGAAUGGCUUAGAGAAGGUGAAUUGGAUGACCAACUGGAAAAAGUAAAUAUUGCCAAGGUUACGUGUGUAAAGGAAUACCCUGAGGAUUACAUAGGAAAUCCUUCGUUUGAAAAUAGUUCAAACAGUAUCAUUACUGAAAAUGACAAUUAUCCCUCUGAAAAACAAGAUUCAACUUACUUAAGUAACAGUAGCUUUUCUAACAGCUAUUUAUGUUAUUCUGAUGAGAUAAAUGAUGAUUCAGGAUAUUUCUCAAAAAAUAAAAUUGAUUCUGGUAUUGAGCCAGUAGUGAAGAAUGAUGACCAAAAAUACACUAGUUUUUCUGAAGUAAUGUCCCCUGUAAGAGAGGCAAACACAUACCCACAAACUGUAAAUGAAGAUAUUUGUGUUCAAAAACUUGUGACUAACUCUUCACCAUACAAAAAUAAAAAUGAAGCCAUUAGGUUGGCCAUAUCUGAUUCAAAUAAUUUUGAGGUAGGACCACCUGCAUUCAGUACAGCCAGUGGUAAAAUAGUCUGUGUUUCACACGAAACAGUAAAAAAAGUAAAAGAGAUAUUUACGGACAACUGCAGUAAGGUUAUUAAGCAAAACAUGGAGAGUGAAUCAGGCACUUGCCAAAUGAACAUGGUGGCAGGUUAUUGUAAGGCAUUUGGUGAUUCAGUGGAUAUUUUUCCUAACUCUGUAGAUGAUGAGAAAUGUAAGGUUUUUGCUGACAUUCAAAGUGAACAGAUUUUACAGCAUAACCAAAGUAUGUCUGGACUGGAGAAAGUUUCUGAAAUACCACCUAAUGUUAGUUUGAAAACUUCGGAUAUAUGUGAACUUAACAUAGGGAGGUUUCCGAAGUCAGUCUCUUCUACAAAUGCUUCUGGGAUUUUUAGCACAGCAAGUGGAAAAUCUGUAAAAGUAUCAGAUACUUCAUUACAAAAGGCAAGACAAGUGUUUUCUGAGAUAGAAAAUAGUUCCAAGCAACUCUGUUCCAAAGUACCAUUUAAAAGUAAUGAACAUUCAGAUCAGUUCACAAGAGAAGAAAAUGCUGUGAUACAUACCCGCCAAAAUUUACUAUCACUGCAAAAAGGUUUUUCGCAUAACGUAAAUUCAUCUGCUUUCUCUGGAUUUAAUACAGCAAGUGGAAAACAGGUUUCAAUUUCAGAAUGUGCCAUUCACAAAGUUAAGGGAAUGUUAGAGGAGUUUGAUUUAAUCAGAACUGAACACAGUCUUCGGCAUUCACCUGUAUCUAGACAAUAUGUAUCAAAAAUACUUCCUCUUCCUUGUGUUUAUACGAGAACCUCAGAAUACUCCAGAAACUCUAAAAUGGAAAAAGCCUACAAUAAAGAAUUUAGAUUAUCAAAUAGCUAUAAUAUCGAAAGUGAUUCUUCAGAAAAUAAUCACUCUAUUAAAACGUCUCCAUGUCUCUCUCAGCAAGACAAACAACAGUUGGUAUUGGGGACCAAAGUAUCACUUGUUGAGAAUGUUCAUCUUUUCAAAAAAGAACAAGCUUUACCUAAAAACAUAAAAAUUGAAAUUGGUAAAACUGAAACUUUUUCUAAUGUUCCUGUGGAAACAAAUAUAGAAGUUUGUUCUACUUACUCCGAAGAUCCAGAAAACUAUUUUGAAACAGAAGCAGUAGAGAUUGCCAAAGCUUUUAUGGAAGAUGGUGAGCUGACAGAUUCUGAACCACCAAGUCAUGCCAAGCACUCUCUUUUUACAUGCCCAGAAAAUGAGAAAACGGUUUUGUUAAGUUCAAGGAUUGAAAAAAGAAGAGGAAAUGCCCUUAUCUCAGUUGGAGAACCCCCAAUCAAAAGAAACUUGUUAAAUGAAUUUGACAGGAUAAUAGAAAAUCAAGAAAAAUCCUUAAAGUCUUCAAAAAGCACUCCAGAUGGCACAAUAAAAGAUAGAAGAUUAUUUAUGCAUCACAUUUCUUUAGAGCCAAUUACCUGUGGACCCUUUUGCACAGCUAAGGAACAGCAAGAAAUAUGGAAUCCAAAUUUUACUGUGCCUGGUCAAGAAUUUCUGUCCAGAUCUCAUUUUUAUGAACACCUGUCUAUGGAAAAAUCUUCAAGCAAUUUAUCAGUUUCAAGGCACCCAUGUUAUAAAGUUCCUGCUACAUGUGAAAAAAUGAAACAUUCAAUAACGACAGGCAAACCGACCAAAGUCUUUGUUCCACCUUUUAAAACUAAAUCACAUUUUCAUGGAGAUGAACAGUAUGUUAGCAGGAAUGUUAAUUUGAAGCAAAACAAACAAAAACAAAAAAACAUAGAUAAACAUGGCACUGAUGAUAGUGAAAAUAAUAUUAAUGACAAUGAGAGUCAUCAUUUUAACAAAAACAACAACAAUCAAGCAGCAAGUAUAAUUUUCACUAAGUGUGAAGAAGAACCUUUAGAUUUAAUUACAAGUCUUCAGAAUGCCAGAGAUAUACAGGAUAUGCGAAUUAAAAAGAAACAAAGGCAACGUGUCUUUCCGCAGCCAGGUAGUCUCUAUCUUGCGAAAACAUCGACUCUGCCUAGAAUCUCUCUGAAAGCAGCAGUAGCAGGCCAAGUUCCCUCUGCGUGUUCUCAUAAACAGCUAUAUAUGUAUGGCAUUUCUAAACAUUGUGUAAAAAUCAACAGCAAAAAUGCAGAAUCUUUUCAGUUUCACACUCAGGAUUAUUUUGGUAAGAAAUGUUUAUUGGUUGGAAAGGGAAUACAGUUGGCUGAUGGUGGAUGGCUCAUACCCUCCAAUGAUGGAAAGGCUGGAAAAGAAGAAUUUUAUAGGGCUCUGUGUGACACCCCAGGUGUGGAUCCAAAGCUUAUUUCUAGAGUUUGGGUCUAUAAUCACUAUAGAUGGAUUAUAUGGAAACUUGCAGCUAUGGAAUUUGCCUUUCCUAAGGAAUUUGCUAAUAGAUGUCUAAGCCCAGAAACAGUGCUUCUUCAACUAAAAUACAGAUAUGAUAUGGAAAUUGAUAGAAACAGAAGAUCAGCUUUAAAAAAGAUAAUGGAAAGGGAUGACACACCUGCAAAAACACUUGUUCUCUGUGUUUCUGACAUAAUUUUAGCAAGCACAAAUACGUGUGAAACUUCUAGCAGUAAAACUAGUAGUGUGGAUACCAAAACAGUGACCACUAUUGAACUUACAGAUGGAUGGUAUGCUGUUAAGGCCCAGUUAGAUCCUCCACUCUUAGCUCUCUUAAAAAACGGUAGAUUGACUGUGGGUCAGAAGAUUAUUACUCACGGAGCAGAACUGGUGGGCUCUCCUGAUGCCUGUACACCUCUUGAAGCCCCAGAAUCUCUUAUGUUAAAGAUUUCUGCAAACAGUACUCGGCCCGCCUGCUGGUAUGCCAAACUUGGGUUCUUUCCUGAUCCUAGACCUUUUCCUCUGCCCUUGUCAUCGCUUUUUAAUGAUGGGGGAAAUAUCGGUUGUGCUGAUGUAAUUAUUCAGAGAGUAUACCCUGUACAGUGGAUGGAGAAGGCAUCAUCUGGAUUAUAUGUAUUUCGCAAUGAAAAAGAAGAAGAAAAGGAAGCAGCAAAAUAUGCAGAGGCCCAACAAAAGAAACUAGAAGACUUGUUCACUACAUUUCAAGCGGAAUUUGAAGAGCGUGAAGAAAACACAACAAAACAACAUAUACCAUCACGUGCAUUAACAAGACAGCAAGUUCAUGCUCUGCAAGAUGGUGCAGAGCUUUAUGAAGCAGUGAAGAAUGCACCAGACCCAGGUUACCUUGAGGGUUACUUCAGUGAAGAGCAGUUAAGAGCCUUGAAUAAACACAGACAAAUGUUGAAUGAUAAGAAACAAGCACAGAUCCAGUUGGAAUUCAGGAAGGCCAUGGAGUCUGCAGAACAAAGUCUAUCAAGGGAUGUUACAACUGUGUGGAAGUUGCGUAUUAUAAGCUAUGAUAAAAAAGAAAAAGAUUCAGUUAUAUUGAGUAUCUGGCAUCCAUCAUCAGAUCUAUAUUCCCUGUUAACAGAGGGAAAGAGAUACAGAAUCUAUCAUCUUGCAACAUCAAAACCUAAAAGUAAAUCUGGAAGAGCUAACAUACAGUUAUCAGCAACAAGAAAAACUCAAUAUCAACAACUACCGGCUUCAGAUGAAAUCUUAUUCCAGGUUUACCAGCCAAGGGAGCCCCUUCACUUCAUCAGAUUAUUAGAUCCCGACUUUCAGCCACCUUGUUCUGAGGUGGACCUAAUAGGAUUUGUAGUUUCUGUUGUGAAAAAAAUAGGGUUUGCUCCUUUGAUCUAUUUAUCAGAUGAAUGCCAUAAUUUGUUGGCAAUAAAGUUUUGGAUAGAUCUUAAUGAGGACAUUAUAAAACCUCAAAUGUUAAUUACUGCAAGCAAUCUCCAGUGGCAACCAGAAUCCAAAUCAGGAAUUCCUACUUUAUUUGCUGGAGAUUUUUCUAUGUUUUCUGCCAGUCCAAAAGAGGGCCACCUUCAAGAGACAUUCAACAAAAUGAAAAAUACUAUCGAGAAUGUUGAUACAUUUUUCAGUGAUGCAGAAAACAAACUUAUGCAUAUACUUAAUGCAAAUAAUCCCAAGUGGUUUACCCCAACUAAAGACUAUGCUUCAGAGCUACAUAUUGCUGAAACAGUCGUUGGUACAGGAAAUAAGUUUCUGAUGUCUUCUCCUAAUAGUGAGAUAAAUUAUCAACGUUCUUUAUCACUUUGUACGCCAAAAGGGAGGUCUGUUUCCACACCUGAGUCAGCCCAAAUGACUUCAAAGACUUGUAAAGGGGAGAAAGAGAUUGACGACCCAAAAAACUGCAAAAAAAGAAAAGCCUUGGAUUUCUUGAGUAGACUGCCUUUGCCUCCACCUGUUAGUCCCAUGUGUACAUCUGUUUCUCCGGCUGCACAGAAGGCAUUUCAGCCGCCACGGAGUUGUGGCACCAAAUAUGAAACACCUGUGAAGAAAAGAGAAUUGAAUCCUCCUCAGAUGACUCCACUUCAAAAAUUCAGUGAAAUUUCUCUUUUGGAAAGUAAUUCAAUAGCUGACGAAGAACUUGCAUUGAUAAAUACCCAAGCCCUUUUAUCUGGUUCAGCAGGAGAAAAUCAAUUACUCUCUGUCAGUGAAUCCGCUAGGACUACUCCCACCAGUUCAAAAGAUUAUCUUGGACUGAAAGGGCAUUAUACUACAUCUCUGAUCAAAGAACGAGAGAAUUCCCAAGCCAGUACAGAAGAAUAUGAAACUAAAAUGCAGGCCACAAGUACUAUAAAAACUAUAUCUAAGAGAUUGCAAAGGCAACAAAAAGUGAAAAUGACAAUAAAUUAGUUAUUGAUUCCUAACCUUA